AUGGAUGGAACACUAGUGCACGCAUGCUUACCUUCUAGGGAUCAACGACUCUUCCGCGGGAGAAGGGGUGACACGAUGCAAAAUUGUCUUGCGGUUUGUGAUUUUGACAUGAAGUUCACGUACGUGCUCGCUGGCCUGGAAGGGAGCACACAUGAUGCUCGUGUCUUAAGGGUCGCUAUCCGAGAGCAAGGCGAUUUCCCCUUCCCGCUGGACGGUAGUAUAUGGCAAACUUCCAAUGUGACUUGGCAGUUUAGCGUUUACGAUCACCUCAUAUUCUUUUUUUAUAAUGUAGGGAAGUACUAUAUCAGGGACUCUGGGUACAUGAACGCUCCUCAGUGCCUUACACCGUACCGCACGUAUCGCUAUCAUCUAUCGUAUUUUCAGGGAAACAACCCACGUCCUCGAGGUAAGGAAGAAUACUUCAAUUACUGCCACGCACAAUGUCGUAAUGUCAUUGAACGUGCGUUUGGUUGUAUUAAACAUCGUUUCGCCAUUCUUCACGGGCCAAUGCCAAACUACAAGUUUGAUCGCCAAGUCAACUUUGUAAUGGUCUGUGCCGUCGUGCAUAACUUUAUGUUACUCCAUGGUGAGGAUGUACUAGAUCACGCCGCAGAAGGCCACGACUCAACCGAUGAGGAAUCAGUCCCUCAACCGGUUGCACACAAUCGCCAAAUAUCGAACCCGGGCCGUGAAGACAGGGAAAAUCAGAAUGAAUUCCGUGAUAUGAUUGCGUAUUGGCUUUGGAUUAAUAGAUACGAGCACGAGGAAGAGUUCGACUCCUCGUGGCCUACUUAG